CCCGAACACGAGAAUCGGAAGAGGCGGAUUGCACGCAAGGAGUGAUUUUAAAGGUUUUGUGUGAUUUUAAAGGUUUUGAGUGAUUUUUGUGUUAAAAUCCCGGAUCCUGUGAUCAUCGUGAGUCUGUGCUACAAAAAGCACACUAUGAAGCUGCUACAGCUAUCGGCCCUGGUGGUCGCCUUGGCCGUCGUGGUCUGUACGGCGGAGGAGAAGAAAGAAAAGGACAAAGACAUCGGAACGGUGAUCGGUAUCGAUCUCGGCACCACCUACUCGUGCGUCGGUGUGUACAAGAACGGUCGCGUGGAGAUCAUUGCCAACGACCAGGGCAACCGAAUCACGCCGUCGUACGUGGCGUUCACCGCCGACGGCGAGCGGCUGAUCGGCGACGCUGCCAAGAACCAGCUGACGACCAACCCGGAGAACACGGUGUUCGAUGCCAAGCGGCUGAUUGGCCGCGAGUUCACCGACCACACGGUACAGCACGACAUCAAGCUGCUGCCGUUCAAAGUGAUGGAGAAGAACUCGAAGCCCCACAUCAAGGUGUCGACCGGCCAGGGUGAUAAGGUGUUCGCUCCGGAGGAAGUAUCCGCCAUGGUGCUCGGCAAGAUGAAGGAGACGGCCGAGGCGUAUCUCGGCAAGAAGGUGACGCACGCGGUCGUGACGGUGCCCGCGUACUUCAACGAUGCUCAGCGGCAGGCGACGAAGGAUGCCGGCACCAUUGCCGGUCUGAAUGUGAUGCGUAUCAUCAACGAACCGACGGCGGCCGCCAUUGCGUACGGAUUGGACAAGAAAGACGGUGAGAAGAACGUGCUAGUAUUCGAUCUGGGCGGCGGCACCUUCGACGUGUCGCUGCUGACCAUCGAUAACGGUGUGUUUGAGGUGGUGGCCACCAACGGUGACACCCAUCUGGGUGGCGAGGACUUUGAUCAGCGCGUCAUGGAUCACUUCAUCAAGCUGUACAAGAAGAAGAAGGGCAAGGACAUCCGCAAGGACAACCGGGCAGUGCAGAAGCUGCGCCGUGAGGUAGAGAAGGCCAAGCGUGCCCUCUCGGCCAGCCACCAGGUGCGCAUCGAGAUCGAAUCAUUCUUCGAGGGCGACGACUUCAGCGAGACACUCACCCGUGCCAAGUUCGAGGAGCUGAACAUGGAUCUUUUCCGUUCAACCAUGAAGCCCGUACAGAAGGUGCUGGAGGACGCCGACAUGAACAAGAAGGACGUGGAUGAGAUCGUGCUGGUCGGUGGCUCGACCCGUAUCCCGAAGGUGCAGCAGCUGGUGAAGGAGUUCUUCAACGGCAAGGAACCGUCGCGUGGCAUCAACCCGGACGAGGCCGUCGCUUACGGUGCGGCCGUGCAGGCCGGUGUGCUGUCGGGCGAGGAAAACACGGACGCCAUCGUGCUGCUGGACGUUAACCCGCUCACGCUCGGUAUCGAAACGGUCGGCGGUGUGAUGACGAAGCUGAUCCCCCGGAACACGGUCAUUCCAACGAAAAAGUCCCAAAUCUUCUCCACCGCCUCCGACAACCAGCACACGGUAACGAUUCAGGUGUACGAGGGCGAACGGCCCAUGACCAAGGACAACCAUCUUCUUGGCAAGUUCGAUCUGACCGGGAUUCCGCCGGCACCCCGAGGCAUCCCACAGAUUGAGGUUUCGUUCGAAAUCGAUGCCAACGGCAUUCUGCAGGUAUCGGCCGAGGACAAGGGUACCGGAAACCGCGAAAAGAUCGUCAUCACCAACGACCAGAACCGCCUGACGCCGGACGAUAUCGACCGGAUGAUCAAGGACGCCGAGCGGUUCGCGGACGACGAUAAGAAACUGAAGGAACGUGUCGAGGCCCGCAACGAGCUCGAAAGCUACGCGUACAGCCUGAAGAACCAGCUCAGCUCGAAGGACAAACUGGGCGCGAGCGUAUCGGACGACGACAAGGCGAAGAUGGAGGAAGCGAUCGACGAGAAGAUCAAGUGGCUCGAAGAUAACCAGGACACGGAAGUGGAGGAAUAUAAGAAGCAGAAGAAGGAACUGGAGGAUAUUGUGCAGCCGAUCAUUGCCAAGCUGUACGCCAACAGUGGCGGCGCACCUCCUCCAGCCGGCGGUGCCGGUGACGACGAUGAGCUGAAGGAUGAACUGUAAGAGAGAGCACGAUCGAACGAAAACACAUCAAGCGAACCUGCUCUGCUGUUGGGAUAGAUAGGAAAAUAGUCUUUCCGAACUGCUGCCACCAAAAGAAGGGGGAUCGCCUCCAAAACACAAACACAACCGACGCUGCGACCAUCGCGAUCUUCUUCCUCGAAAGGAUUCGUCCUGCGGUUCACGAAUGGUCAAAGUCUGCGGGAGCGGCGUCCAUAGCAGCAGCAGCUCAUCUUAUUUUCUAGAUGGGCGUCACAGCAAACCGAAUAGUCAUAGGCGUAUGGCUGCGAAGAUCAUCCGGUUAAACACACACACACGCACACAGUUGGUCCGAUAGAAGUCCUCCAUCCUUAAAAGACAAGUCAAGAUUCAAUCGAAAAGGACCGCGUUGUGGCCCACUUGUUGGUUUUGUUUAAGUCUGUCGCUUUGAUUUCCAUGAAUACCGUUUAUAUUUAUUGAGCGAGAGAUACCGAGGACAGGAGCAAGUAGUGGGCCCCGCGUGUGCCGCGUAGUGGGUCAGAGAAGGGAAUCAGGGAUAAAAAUAAUACUACGCGACAUAUUCUAUUCCGAAGUUCCCACCCUCAUAAACUCUCAUCGCAAUCUUGAAGAAGCGCAGGGCGCCGUUUAAACUGCUACUUGUUCUUUAAUUUUACUAGCCUUUAGGAUACUCUCGUGCGUGCAUGCGUGCACUUAUGAGGCGUGUUUUUGUUUGUAAGUCGUCGCGUCCGGAUAUGGUUUCUUUCGUGUUUCGGGUAUCAAGAUCGAAACCGUCGCAACGAACACAACACCAUAAAGCGGGGAAUACACGCACCGUUAGUAGAGAAAGUUGGGCAGAGGACAGGUUAGGGUCCUUUCAGUUCGUUUUUUCCUUUGUUUCUCUCAUCCAUCGACUGAUUGUAAUGUAAGGAAGUGUAAUUUGCGUGAUUUAGUAGUGUCCGAGAAGAGUAACUGCGAAAAAAUAGAUGAAAAAGAGGUACAAUAAAAACAAUUCAAAACGAAUAA